AUGUCCAGGUAUCAAGCGACCGUCAGGCGCGGAAAGGCCAAGCGACCCUUCGACCCCGCCUGGAUCUAUGCAGCCAUAGUGAACCCUCCGAACGCCCGUGGACCUGAAAAGUGUUAUGGAUGCGACGAGGUGCUUCCGCCAUACUGUUACUCGGAGACUCAAUGGCGAAACAAACGCCGUCGCUGCAGGAAAUGCAUCGAAGAGUACCGCGGCUCAUGGGUAGAGUUCGAGUCCACCCUGCGUGCGCGCGAGGCGCGAGCCGAAGAGGUCCGUGCCGAGCAACAGCUACGGUUCCUGCCUGAGAGCAGCAUGUCGAAGAGGAAGCCGCAGGCAAAGAUGGAGAAGAGGAUUGCUGCAUAUCAUCAACGACUAAACAGUGCGAUUCUGGGCUGGGACGACGAGCCCGAACCGGUGCCUAUGAGGGCCAACGAGCCGCAAGGGCAGAGAUUGACUGUGACGAUCGCUAAUGAGUGGCCAGCUCUAACGUCAGCUUCCACCAUGUCCACCGCUCGGCCAGCUGGUAGCACGGCUAAUCAAGCUAGACCGCCGCAACCCAGUGGUCCCAGCACCGCCGUCAAUAAGCCAGUUCCGGCAACCGCACAGGUUACAAACGGACUAACACCGACAUUCCGUCCGAUCAAAAGCACCUCGACCGCCGGACCGUCGGGUGCAACGGGCGCGCGCAAUGGAAUUCCCACAAGCGGCAGCAUCAGUGGCGGUUCUCAGAAUGGACUUCCCAAGACGCCGGCAUCUGGCGGAAAUACUCCGACGGUUACGACCAGCACCGCUGAAGGCAGCAAUGGAAAUGGAGCUGGAGCUUCAGGCGCUGCCGGGAACGGCAUGCAGCAACGACAACCUCUAGCGAAUGUUCAGCCAAGUGCUGACAAGCCGGCAGUCGGAUCUGCCCUUAUUAGAGAGCAGCAGCGACAAUCUUCGACGAAAGUUCAGCUCAUUGCUGAAAAGUCGGCCAUCGGAUCUGUGAUCACCACUGGACAGCAAUGCCAAUCUCCACCAACCGGCCAGCCCACCCCCGAUAAAUCUCUGCACGGCAAAACACCUCUCAUUCGAUCACCCGCAAACCAACUCGAAAAGAACAGAGUGAGGAACCACAACAGCCGAAUCUCAUCGCUGUUCAAAAAUGCCAUCGCUGAUUUAGUCAACCAUAACAACCAGGCCAAGCCGGCUGCUGGGAAGAAAGAUGCGGGUGAUGAUAUUUCGGCGAUGCCCGUGGUUACGGCUGCUGCUGGCGUCCCGCCUGUUAUCGUUCAACCUGUAGCGAGCGUCCCCCCCGCGGCUGAGGGUGAUAAGGGACCCGUUCAAGUUAAGCAGUGGAAACGGCUCCUGCUCUCCACGUCGCCGCUGAUUUCCAUUGGAAAGCGCAAACUCGUCCGCGACCCUGCAAUCGAGCUGCAGCUCGGCCUGGUUGUGCGCGUCGGCUCGCGUGCAUUUGUUAUCAUCGAGGGCGAAGGUGAAAGAGUGGCGUCGUACCUCGAUAUGAUCAAGGUAUCAGCAGUUGGAGAGCGAUGUUUUGCCGGUGGCUCACAUUCACGGAAAUCGCAGACCCUAGCCCCGGAAAAACUGGAAGAAGAGACGCAACUCGACCCGCGGGACAAUGGAUGGGCAAAACUGCUCGUCAAGAACGAUGGUAAUGAGCAACGUCAACCAGUGACCGACAUGAUUAUAGGCGAGGACAAGUUCAUCGACCGGUAAUGUGUCCGAGU